AUGCGGGGAUUUUUCGUGAUUUUGUUUUCGAGUUUUUUGCUGAUUGGGUAUUUGUUGGCGGGAAAUUCGAAUAAUAAUAAUCAUGACGAUAAUGAGUUUGCCGAGUUUGAGGUGAGCUGAAAAUCCCGAUUUUUCGACCCAAAAUCCAUGAUUUUCAGCCAAUUUUGAGCUAACAACCCAGAAUUUCAGGACGACUUUGCUGAAAUUGUCAGCGAUCCGAUUGUCACCAAACAACCUGUGAAAGAGCACGAAAAAGCGGCGGCGAAAGACGAAAAAUUCGCCGACGACGAUGAUUUUGGAGUUGUGGAUGAGGAAGUUGAGAAGGAUUUGGGCUCGGACGAUGCUCCGCCACCACCACAACCGCUUAAAUUUGCUGAUGUGAGGAUUUUGGGUUUUUUUUCGUUCGAAACUACAAUACUCCGCUUUUACACCCUAUUAUCGAAAAUCUCAUCGGUAACACGCGCUCCACCGAAAUAAACACGCAACGCAGACCGCGCCGCGCCACAACACACACGAUAAAGGGAGGGAAUUUGAAUCGUUCCCUUAUUUGUGUGUGUUGUGGCGCGACGCGGUCUGCGUUGCGUGUUUAUUUCGGUGGAGCGCGUGGUACCGAUGAGAUUUGCGAUAAUAAAAAACAUGGGAAUUUCGAGGAACCAUCGUAGUUUCACUUCCCCAUAGCGUAAAAGCGGAGCAUCGUAGUUUUACAACGUCAAAAACAUGAUUUCCAAAUUUUCCACAGGUUCCCGCGCAUUUCCGCUCAAAUUGGGCAUCGUAUCAAGUGGAAGCCAUUGUUCUUGCCAUCAUUCUCAUCUACGUCAUCAAUUAUCUCAUCGGAAGAGCCACAAAUCAAUCGAUAGCCAACGCGGCCUUUGAAAAUUGCCGUGAAAUUUUGGAAGAGCAAUUCGCUGUGGUGGGCGACGAUGGAAUUACGGAGUUGGAACAAAUUGCGCCGAUUUUGCGCAGAGAUACGGAUUAUACGUUUAGUGCUUGGUGUAGUGGACGAAUUAAUUUGCAUUAUUUUAAUCUACAGGUACUUGAACUUGGAAAAUAUGCAAAAAUACGAAAAAUUGAUCUAAAAAUGUGAAUUUUUCAUAGGUUUUCAAGAAAAAUAGUCCGAAGUCCGAAAAGUCCGAAGCUCCGCCCCCUUUUCGGACGCAUUAAUUUGCAUUAUUUUAAUAUGCAGGUUCACCGAAAUAAACACGCAACGCAGACCGCGUCGCGCCACAACACACACAAAUAAGGGAACGAUUCAAAUUCCCUCCUUUUUUGUGUGUGUUGUGGCGCGGCGCGGCGCGGUCUGCGUUGCGUGUUUAUUUCGGUGGAGCGCGUGGUGAGAUAAUAGUUUUAAUAUGAAAAAUCACCUUUAAAUAGUUGGAACUUGUCAAAAAUUAACCAAAAUUUAUGAUUUUCACUGAAAAAUUAUCUAGAAAAAUCAAAUUUGAUCUCCAAAAUUCUCCAGAUGCGUAUGGUAAAACGUCAAGAUCUCGUGAGCAGAGUUCUCGAUUUCUUCGAUCCUCAAACCGAUCGUCUAACAAUCAAAUCACAUCUCGAAUCAACAAAUGAAACAGAUCCACUUGUUCUAUUAGUUGGAGAUAAGAAGACAACAUCGAAACAAUUCAAAGAACAAUUGGAUUUAUCUACAUUUACCACCGAACGAAAACAGACUGCUCAACAAAUCAAUUUGCCAGCCAAUUAUAAUCUAUAUGCCGAUCAGAAUGAGAUUGUUUUCUCGAUUUUGGAACCCGGAAUUAUUGGAUUGUUGAAGAAACAUGAGAAAGCUAUUGAAUUUAUUCAUAUUUCUGAUCAAUUUACAGGACCAAAACCGCCUGAGUAAGUCGAAAAUCAGAUUUUUUGACACAAAAUUCAUGAAAAUCACGUAAUUUUCACCUAAAACAUGUAUUUCCAACGAUACUCCACGUUGACACCUUGAAAAUUCGGAUUUUUUAAGGUGUGAACGUGGAGCAUCGUAGUUUUCAUGAUUUACAUCAGUUUUAGCUUGAAAUCCAUCAAUUUUCCUGAUUUUCCGAGGAGUAAACGCGGAGCAUCGUAGUUUUCAUGAUUUUUCACCCAAAAUUCACCAAAUUCUUUGGAAAGACAUGUUUUAGGUCAAAAACUACAAAACUCCGCGUUUACGAGUCAGGUGUAAACGUGGAGCAUUGUAGUUUUCUGCACAAUUUUUCAAAUUUUGCAUUAAAGAAUCCCAAAUUUUUUGCAGUGGUGAAACGUAUACCCGCCUGCCAGAAGCUCAAAGAUAUUUGUCGAUUUCGUUGAAUUUGAGAGAAAUUCAAGAUCAAGAAACCAUGGAGGAAUUGUUGAAUUUGGUGUUUUAUUUGAUUGAGAAGGUAGUGGGGUUUGGGCUGAAAAUCAUUGAAUUUUGGAUGAAAAUGAGCUAAAAUUCCCCCAAUUUUCAGGUCAAAAAGUUCAAAUUGAGUCGAGAAGCGAAAUUCAAAGCGGAAAAACGUCGAAAAGAGUUCGAAGAGGCUUUUAUGCGCAACACACAUCAAUAUCGACAAGAAGCGGCGCAACAACGAAAAGAGGAGAAGACGAGAGAACGAAAACAGAAGUUGUUGGAUGAAAGUGAUCCGGAUAGACAGAGACGAUUGGAGGUGAGGAGGAGGAGAAAUUUGGGAUUUUUCACGAAAAAUGAUAAAUUUUGAGACAAAAAUCAUGGAAAACGGUUAAUUUUGAGCCAAAAAUCAUGGAAAACGGUUAAUUUUGAGCCAAAAAUCAUGGAAAACGGUUAAUUUUGACCCUAGACGCGAAAAUUUCCACGAAAUUUGGUCCUAAAAUGAUUUUAACGACCGUAAAAAUUACCUAAAGCUUAUAAAAGACCUCCUAAUACCCUAAACCCCUUAGAGAUUUCAAAAUUAACCUUAAGGUCUCUAAAAUUGAGUUUAACAAGGAAAGGUUUUCAAUGUUCCCCCAAGGAAAAAAUCGAGAGUAUGUGGAAUGUUGAGGGUUCCCAUGGGUAAGAAAAACCCUAACGGGAAUAAGGAGAAAAAUGCCUUGUUUUAGAAAUUUUUGGUGUUAUUGAUUUUUGCUAUGAAAUUUUUUAGAAAAAUCGAAACUUUUUUUCAAAAUUGAUGAAAAAUGUCAGUCUAAAAAUCCAUUUGUAGCGCAAACGGCGUACUUCAGUAUUACUUCGACUAAAAUUAGGAAUAAAAUAAUUUUGGUCCCAAAAGUCCACUAAAUCAAAAAUCCAGUUUGAAAAAUUCAUAGAAAAUCAACGUUUCCGUUGUGAAGGAGAAGUUUGUGUGAAUCGAGACUAUGAUUUUCGGAUUCUACGGACCAAAUUACGUCUGUUGACCGUCAUAAAUAUUUCAAGUUCCGUUCAUUUGAAAAUGGAAAAAAUUAUUUUUUGUGUUUUUUUGGUGACCAUUUGAUCAGAAAAACCCCGACUGAAAAAACCAAAUUUCAAAAAAUGUCUAAUUUUUUGAUAAAAAGUUUCACAAACACGUAAUCGACCAUUCUGAACAACUUCCACGACUCAAAAGUUCAUGAAAUAGAUUCAAAAUCGAGUUACAGAUGCUCUAAAAAUCAAAAAAUGGUGUAAAAAUCGACCUAAAAUACAUUUUUUCUCGAGAAUAAGGCAUUUUUCUCCUUAUUCCCGUUAGGGUUUUUCUUACCCACGGGAACCCUCAACAUUCCACAUACUCUCGAUUUUUUUCAGGGGGGAACAUUGAAAACCAUUCCUUGUAAGGUAUCUACAAGUACCUUGAUGACCUUAACGACCCUAAAAUGGGCUCUGAAAGUAUCUUAUCUACCUAAUAGUGACCUUAAAGACCUUAACAACUCAAUUUUUGCAGGCCAAAGAAUUGAAGCGUGAAGCCAAAGCGAAACAACCAAAAAUGAAGCAAUUGAAGAUGAAAUAG